AUGAUCCGUGCUCUUCUGCUCUUCGUGCUUCUGCUAAUUGGAAUUUCCGCCUGGGAUCACUUCGAGUUCGACAUCACCGUGUUCUGCAACCUUCCCGACAGAGAAAACUACAAAAUGCUGAUCGAAUGGUACGAAGCCGACUUUUUCGCGGGGGAGGAACAGUUGACGCAGCCGAUGAUUCUCAAUCCGAGGAUCGGAAAGUUCAGUUUCUCGAUGAACGGAGCGAUGGACGGAGACGAGGUGUUUUCGUCUGGCUACUCGCCGAGAGCCUAUAUCAUUCACGACUGUACGUCGGACAGGAAAGAAGUCAAACUUCGACUGACUAUCACGACUCUUUGUGAAAUCGGAACGUCAGUUUAUUGAGACAGUUCGGCGCCUCCCAAUGUCUUCAGUUUACAGCACUUGCCACUACCGCAUCAUUCGUGAUUUGACCAAUGACUGGGGUAUCUAUGAAGCGGAAGCGAACGCCUUGAAGCACGAAAUGACUCCGUUCCCCGAUUUCCCAUAA